CAUAGCUAGCCAUCUUGUCUAGAGAGGGAGGGAGAGACAGUUAGUGAAUUUCAGUUCCCUGGGAGUCUGAUACAGAGGAGAACCAGUCCGGGAAAACUAAACUACCGGGGUUUUCUGCCUUUCCCAGUAUCGGAAGUUGUUAGAUCCAUAUGAGUAGUGAGGGCUGAAGAGAGACGUGUUCUACAGGAUGUCGCACACGCAUGUUCUCAGGUAGAAAAAGUGGUAGAUAGCUAGCAAGCUAUACUGAAGAGUGGUGGGGGAACGGGCCCGCCUGCUAAAGUAGCUAGCUAGCUGUAGCAGCUGUGGAGCUGUUGGCUAGCUAGCUAUCUGCGACAACGGCCUGGUGGCAAGUCCGGAGCCGGGGGCAUUACCAACACAGAGCAGCUCGGGAUCUGACUGACCAGAGGAAAGGAAAAAAGGCAAGGACGAAGAGAUCUGUAAAGUCGGGAGGAUCCGCAUCGCCGGAGCUCGCAAGGUUUGGUCUUGAAUGUUUUUAGCUAAGUCAUAAAAUGCAACAGGAGAGAAGAGGAAGGGAGAUGACGUAGCUGCAAUCGUCUCGCUAACAGUUAAAAAACUGUGAAAUUGUUUCCAAAUAUUUUACGUCAGCGUUUUGUCCUACUUGGAUUAGACUUUUUAUCCGCUUUUAACAUAGGGGGGCAUACACUGGAGUUAAAGCGUAGAUUCUCAAAAUGUCCAAAAUGCCGGCGAAAAAGAAGAGCUGUUUCCAGAUCACCAGUGUGACACAGGCUCAGGUGGCAGCCAGCAGCAUCACUGACGACACCGAGAGUCUGGAAGAUCCAGACGAAUCGAGGACCGAAGACGUGUCAUCGGAAAUAUUUGAUGUGUCCCGGGCCGAUUUCGAACCCGAGGCGUGCGAUAUUAGCUCUUCUGAAGAGACCUUAAAUAACGUAGGGGAGACGGAGGCGCCUGGCGCGAUGGCGCCGCAUAUACCUCAAGAUGGGCAGCUACCGACAGUAUCAGCUCCUCAUAAUGGGGGUUUUGGUUUUAGGACCGUAGCGGUGACAGGUGUAGUCCAUGUCAAUCAGCAAGGGCUGGGAACCGCAGGGCCAGCGGGCCAGUCCUCUCCCGCCCCGACCGGAGUAGCGCAGCAGCCGGCUACAGCAGUCGCUGGGGGAGGCAGUAACGCGACUGGGAGCACGUCUCAGCCCGCCCCAGCCGCCAGCGCGGUUAGUUCGAGCACGACGUCUACCACAAGUUGCAGUUCGCGUUUCAGGGUCAUCAAACUCGAUCACGGUACAGGCGAGCCCUUCAGAAGGGGCAGGUGGACUUGCAUGGAGUUCUACGAGCGAGACUCGGAGGGCUCGGUUAUCACUAGGACUGUGGAUAGCAUUAGGCACGCCAGCACCUUGGACUACAACAUGGACAGGGACAGCGGGCUGGGAGUGACGGGGGGAUCGGUGGCCGCCCCUUCCACGCUCUCCAGCACGGGGCUGGACCCUGCCGUGGACAGCGCUUACAGUACUGCCUCUCACUCACAUAUAGUGGAGCCCUCGCCGCAGCCGCAGGCUUACAGCACGGGGCAUCAGACUGCCAGCGGGACCACGGCUCCGAGUGGCUUCCAGCCCACGGGGUACGCCUCCGUCCCCGUGGCCCCGCAGAGCCUGCUGCCGCCCGGGACCAACGGCAUGCACCAGGGUGCGUCGCUGCAGCAGGUGCAGAAAUCUCCCAGCAUGCCGCCGGUCAGUCAAGCCCAGCAGUUUGCAUAUCAGCCCCAGCAGCAGCAGCAGCAACUCGUGUCCGGGCACCAGCUGACCAGUCAGCCCUCGCUGAUACCCGCCAGUCAGGCGGAUUACCGCCAGCAGCACCUGCCCUCGCUUCAGCCAACGGGCACCGCCGCCCAGACCCUUCCCGUGACCACCCUGCCGGUGGGGCCGCCCGUCAACCAGGGCCCGUCUCCAGUCAUGACGCCGGCGGCUGCGGGGGUGCCAGGUUUGGGGAUCGCCGCCCAGGCCGGAGAAACUGCCGGGCCUGGAUUGGUUGCCCAGCCAGUUCCCUCUCCGGGGCUCCUGCAGCAAGCGGGGGUGGGCGUGGGAGGAGGAGGCGUGGCGCCCGUUUUGGCUGGGGUGCAGCAGCAGCAGCCUCAGUACCAGCCUUCGGGGGCGGCCCCGGUCGCCCUUCCCCCCCACGCCGCAGUCCCCGGGGUCCAGAACGUGCCUGUGAUGGGGGCCGGCGGCGGAGCGGCCGGCAUGCCCGCCCCCGCGCCCAGUGCCCCCAGCACCCCCGUGACCGUGCCGAACCAGACCCCGCCUUCCACGGGACAGCCCCAGCUGAGUCAACCACAGGCGCCCCACGCCGGGAACGCGGGGGCCCUCGGGGUGCAGGGUGUCCCCGCCGGAUUCGCCCAGCCCCCCGCCAACGUGGAGGAGAAUCGAAGGAAGUCCGAUGCGCUACCUCAGCCCUCUGCCACCUCUGGAAAAGAUCUCAUGAAGCCUCUGAUCUCCGAAGGACUGCAGCUGCCCUCUGUGCCCGCUGUCAACAGCCUUUUUGGAAUACCCAUCAGUAUAGACGGCGAUGAGGACAGCACAUCUGGAGCAAGCGUUGUAGCCAUUGAUAACAAAAUAGAGCAGGCAAUGGAUCUGGUGAAAAGCCAUCUGAUGUACGCGGUGCGGGAGGAGGUGGAGGUGCUAAAGGAACAGAUCAAGGAGCUGUACGAGAGGAACUCUGUGCUGGAGCGGGAGAACGCCGUGCUCAAGUCCCUGGCCAACAAUGAUCAGCUCUCCCAGCUGUUUGUGCAGUCCUCCCAGCAGCAGCAGCAACAGCAGCCGCCAUCCCAUCAGCCCCCUCUCCAGCCCGCCGAGGCCAGCCAGCCCCAGCCCAACGUCUCCUCGGCGUGAUAAACCCCCCCCUCGCCCCGCACACCGAGGAGGGGGGGCAUGACAAACAAACAAAAAAAAAAAGCAAGAGUUAAACAGAAGUAAACAUCUUCAGAUUCUAACAAAAAAAAUAUGAAUAAGUCCGUCUGUAUCUUGUCCGCCGCCAGCUUCAAAAUGUGACGAGCCUCCGCUUCAGUGUGUGUGCGUGCGCGCGCUGUCUGGCCUUCCCAGCGUUAGGCCAUCAUCCUGCGAAGGCUUUCUGCUGGCUCCACAUCUCAAUGCGCGGGGGCGGGCCCGGGGGUGGGCGGCCGAUGCCCGCCGUGCCCGGGGCAGGGCGGCUGGCUGGGGAGGAUAGCCCGCGGACCGGGAGGGGUCCGCUUCGGGCUGCUUCUCCAUCGGGGACCCCGGCUUCCACGCUGGGCCCUUGGGGGUGUGACCUGUGCGGAGACCGGUCAAAACGACAGGAAGCGAAGAGGGACAAAAAAGGCAGAAAAACCAAGUGGGACAGGGAGGGGGUGGUGGAGUGGAGCCUUGCUUCUUCAUGUUGUUGGAAGUGCGAGUCUUAGCGGAAGAGCCACCAUACUUCAACAUGAGUCCAAUCCAUUGUACAUCAGUUCAGUUUCACUGUUUGCAUUUAUUUAUUACAGGGCUGCUAUUUUCAUAACGUAAAUGAACAAUGUCACAAAAAUCAGUUAUUUGUUUUGAAUUUUUGAAAUGUACAAUAAAUAAUUGGUCAUGCAAUGGACGGGUGAUGUAUUGCAUAAACUAGUUAACUAUGUAGGCAAUAAAAAAAAAAUCAAUUCUGGUAUAGUUCUAACACUAAAGGCAAUUUUACAUCGGGAUUGUUUAUUUACAUAGUUCAGUUCCAGUUUUGAAUGUUCAUUUUUGUAUAGAGUGUAAAGUAUUAAGAGCAUAGAAAGUUUGGACAGGUAAACAUCAGCUCUUGUGAUAGGAGAACUGAAAUGAAUCUUUGGUGGGCUGUUUUGAUGAAGAAAGCUGUUCGCUUCUGUCGCUAGUCCUUUGUCUGAGAGCGGAGAGGUAAUCGCCAUACGUCCCCCUCCCACCUUAAAAAAACAAAUCUUGUGCAUAUUUUUGGGGGGAGGGG